GGCCGUCUCCCCCUCCGCGGCGGGAGCGGAGUGCGGCGGCCCGUGGAGGGGGCGGGGAGGAUGACUUCAUGCCGCCGGAGCGCCGUGAAUUUAGGAGCAGCAGCUGCCGCCGCCGGCGGCGGGAUGUGGGGGUGAAGUGACAGCGGGAGCUGCCGCCGGCUGAGGGAGGAACAGCGCUGGGCACCCGCCGAGCCCGGGGGCUCCGGGCCGCCACCAGCAGCCGCUGCGGGAGAGAAGGAGGGAGGGAGGAAGAUGCGCUGAGCCGGUCGCUGAAAGGUACUGCUAUGUGGAUAUUUGUUAGCAAUGACUGAUGUGGAAUCUACAUAUGCAGACUUUAUUGCUUCAGGAAGAACAGGUAGAAGAAAUGCAUUACAUGACAUCCUUGUGUCCUCUCCGGGUGGGAACUCUAGUGAACUAGCCUUAAAGUUAUCAGAGCUUGAUAUAAACAAAACAGAAGGAGAAGGAGAUGCACAGCGAAAUCCAAGUGAGCAAACUGGGGAGGCCCAAGGGGAGGCAGCAAAGCAAGAAAGCUGACAUCCAACUUUGACCGAGUGGAGCAGCUGCUGGAUGUUUUCAGGCUACAGGAGUGUGCUGGAACAAAUUCGUUUCCAUGAGCAAGCUGGUAGAAAAGAAAGUGCAUGUGUCUUCACUGCUGGAACCCACUCAACACAAUGCUAAAAAUCUGGGUACAAGCUGUGACAGAAGACAGAAUUUUCUCUACCUCUGUCAUUAGCAAUGGUUGAACAUGUAUUGAUUUUUUGGGAUAGUGUCAUCAGAUGGAUCCCUUCAUAAUGACUACUCGAUGGGAACACUUUUAGAAAGUAGAACAGGUAAAUCUUGUAGCAAAUGGCCUUUGAAGCAUCAGAGGAUCUAAUUGUGUAUCUUAAGCAAAGGCUUGUGUGAUCCUCAGAGUUUAAAAUUCUCUGGCCAAAGUGUUUGCCCAUUAUAAGAACUGUAAAGAAAGCACUGUUUUUAGACCUUUGCAUCUGUUUUACAGCUCUGUUAUUUACAAUGGUUUUUGUAUUGUACAACUUAGAUGCUCCACACUGCCCCUUCUCAACUGCUUAUGAAGAAUAUUUCUGUUACUGUGAAUUUUUCUACCACGCGUUUUGAAAGGGCUGGUUUUUUGCAUAAGGUGGUGAUGUGCACAUGAUAGAUCUAAACAUCAACUGCUA